UGACAGCCGAGACAGCGAUGCGUUCGUUAGACAUCAACAGCUUUGAGGAAGAUAGUGUCACGUGCAUACACAAGCCACGCCCACUCAUGAAUAUUGUAGACUUAAGACCAUUGUAGGUUUAAGGGCACAACAGACGUACUUAGGUUUGGUUAGCUGUCGUACUGACAUCGCUGUGUUGACCGUGCUGUCUCGGGAUAGAUAUCACAAAUUUCGAGUAAAGCAGUCCCUCAUAGACACUGAUCUCAACAACCACACCUGUCUCCAGUAAGUGAGAGCUACACAACGUGCACCUGUGCACCCACAGCUAUUAUAGUCUGGUGCUAAAGUGGAAUUGAGUGUUGCCAUCAUUGGUAUUGGAGAGACGCUGUGGAGACAGUCACUCGGAACAGAGAUGAUGUGGAAAAUUGGCCAUCUUGAAACGACAGCCUUCUGCCAACUUCUCCUCAUCCUGCUGCUAGUGACGCUGACAUCAGCAGCACAUCACGGGAACUGUGGCGACAGCUGGUGUAGCUGUGACAAUCACACCAAACAAGCAACAUGCAAAGGUCACGGAACGAAACUGACAUAUAUUCCAAGGCUACCAGAAUUCACAACUGACGUGGAUUUCUCAGGAAAUUUUCUUCCAAACAUGUCCUCAAAAACUUUCAAGAAUAUUAAAUCACUUAAGUUGAAAAGGUUAACUCUGAAAUCAAACAGGAUAAGGAGCAUGUCAGCUGACUCAUUUAUUCAUCUCAGUACUUUAACAGAGUUGAAUCUUGAUUACAACAGUUUCUCAGGAAUGUCUUUAGCUGGAACAUUCCCGACUUUGAGCCAUCUUCCUCUUGUAAAAUUAUCGCUUGUGCGACUAAAGUUGAAUGAUUCACGCAUCUUUCAUCAGUUACAUAGUUAUACAAUCAAGUCCAUAGACCUAGACAGAAACGACUUUAAAAGUUAUAAUCAGACCGAUUUUAGUGGCCUCUUCAACAUCCAGAAUUUAUCUUUGGCUUACAAUUUCAUCCGUGAAGUAAAUCUGGCGUACACCCCAUCGUUACUGGUGUUGAAUCUGAAGGAUAACCUUAUUCCCACACUACCUAAUUUUUGUUUGACAAAUGGGUCCUUUUUCCCAGGCCUUGGAAAACUGAAGUUGGAUCACAACUAUAUAUACCAACCACUUGAGGGUCGUUACAUUCAAUGCUUAAAGAAUUUGGUUGUCUUUUCUGCCAACAACAACCACCUUGAGGCAAUAAAGCCAAAUUCAUUCUCUGAAAUGCCAGCACUGACUUACAUAAUCCUGAGAAACCUCGGAGGAGGCAACCUUUAUAUAGACAAAUAUGCUUUCAAUAACAGCAAAAUAGAAUACAUUUCUUUAACAUCAAGCGGUAUACACUUCAAGAGACAAGUACACAAAGAUGCAUUCAAAGGAUGCCCCAAUCUUCAGUCAGUUGAUGUUUCUUUUAAUCAUUUUUCAAACACAUCCGACCAGGACCUAACUGCCUGGUUUGGACACUUAAAAUCUUUAACAGGAUUUGGCCUUGGAGGCUGUGGAAUCAAAUUGUUUCCAACGUUUGUGUCAGUUUACUUAGAAAACUUACAAUAUUUCAAACUGUAUGGAAAUUAUAUCUAUAAGUUACCCGCAGGUGCGCUGACACCUUUAAAGAAUCUUACCCAUAUUUGGCUGUCAGGUAACCGAUUAGCCAAAAUAGACGAGCGAGUGUUCACCUCUGAAGUCCAACAAAAGCUUCAAGUUGUUGAUUUAAUGCACAACCCAUAUGCAUGUAACUGUGAACUCCACUGGUUCCUCAAGUGGACAAAGUCCGAACCUCACAAAUUCAAAGACUAUCCAGAGAAGUAUGUGUGUUCCAGUCCGGGGGAAAUGAGAGGAAGCAUGCUCUCCAAAGUAGAUCUGUCUGAACAGCCUUGCCUUCUCCCUUUCCCUGCUAUCUUUGCCCUGCUUGGAGUCUGUGGGAUUGUCUUCCUUGUCCUCAUCUCAGGGUCUAUUACGUAUAGAUAUCGAUGGCACAUUCGUUUUUUCAUGUACAGAAGAAGAUACCAGAGAGGGGAAUGUCAACGACUUGAAAACAUAGAGAAUACAUACGAUGCUUAUGUAAUAUAUAGUGUGGAGGACAUCAGAUGGAUCAAGAACGAACUCAUUCCCAAAGUAGAGGAAACACAUGGUUCCAGAUUGUACAUUCGUGACAGAGACUCUUUGGCUGGUAUCCCUAUCGUCGAUAACGUUGUUAACAAUAUGAAUGUUAGUAAAAGCAUCCUGAUUCUUCUGUCGAAUGCCAUGGCCAGAGAUGAGCAGUGUCAGUUCGAGCUGAUGUUUGUCCAGAGACAGCUGGAAGGGGAGAGGAAUCCUAUCAUCCUGGUCCUGCUGGAGGAGGUGCAGGUCGCCAACAUGACUCAGUCUGUGUACGCCCUGGUCAGGAUGCAUCCCUUCAUCCCCUGGGGGGACGAAGAGGAUGCCAGAAGAUUCUUUUGGGAUCGCUUAGUUUUGUCACUUAAUACUGAACGCGAAGUCAGGCCAGAUGUUGUCGAUGCAUAAUUUAUUUACUUUGACACUUUGGAUUAAUUGCGGAUUCUAAGAGUGUGUCUAAGUGUUCUAAGUAAGGUGAAAGUGGAUACCAGAAGAUUCUUUUGGGAUCGCUUAUUUUUAUCACUGAACAAUGGACGAGAAGACAGACUUGAGGCUGGAGAUACUCAACACCUCUCAUGAAAUGUCACUUCAUCUUUGAAUUGCGAGAAGAUGUAGAUCUCAAUUGCCAUUACGUUGGUUUAUCCUUGAUUUCAGCAGUAUUUCGGUUUCAUGACGGCGUACCAGUAUGGAAUGCCAUAGGUCAUAACGGUCGUAGAUGUUCAUCACCUUGGUGAAAUCCACGAACACGGAUGCAGUGUUGACAAACCCUGGAUCAUUAUUAUAACGAAUUUUGUAUUGGAACCAGCGAUCAGUGCAACUCUGCACACUGUCGCCUCUGGUCUCUGUGAAAUCCAUGCCCAGUAUUGACAUGCACGUGACAGAAGUAGGAAACCUAUGAGCAUUAACUAAUAUUUUUUUAAUUUGAAGUUUACACGAUAUGAAGCUUUUCCAUUGGACGAGGGGUCGGUCACAUUACCGCGAAAUUGUCGUUCAUAAGUGUAUGAACGACGCAAUUUGACGUUCAUACGUUUUUCACGAGACCGUGUUCUUGAAAUGACGUAAACACUGACGGACUAGUUCCAUUCCAUAGCACGAAUACAUGCAGAAGCGUUCUUUCUGAACAUUUAGACCCUUAAAUCUUGAACUCAGCAUUUCAAUGUACAUUGAGAAACGUCAGAGAGUUUGACUGCAUGAUCGCUUACGAAGAAUUGUAAACCUAUAGAAAGUGUGUUCUGUGUUGUGAUUGGCUAAUUUGGGUCACAUGACCAAAUGUUAAAGGGUGAAAAUAUGAUUUGCAUUCCCUGAAGCAAGCGACCGAAGGUGUUAAAGAGUGCGCAUGGUUUUUUUCUAAAUAAAACAAUAGGUUUACAAUAUCGAUAAAUACUAUGUGUGUGUCUAUUUCCGGGAUUUUAUCGAGUAUUUGCAUCUUGGAAAUUUUCUUUCGAGCCCCGCAAGCUAACGCUUUCGGGUCUCGAGAUGAAUUUCCAAGAUGCAAAUACUCGAUAAAAUUCCGGAAAUAGACACACACAUAUUAUUUAUCUUCUAAAUGCACAUCCAAACUACUGAAGUAUCGGCUCGAUCCGUGUCUAGGCUGAUAGUGAAUCUACAGCAGUCUAUGAAUUCACCUUAGUGUCGCAAGCUCCGACGUUCAUACAGUUUGGCCCUCACUCUAUGAAGGUUCAUACUCCAAUGAACUCACACAAAGUGAAGGUCAAUUCUUAACACAACUGGUAAGAGGAUCACGUACCAUAAUAUUUAGGAUGUAUGUAUGCUCAACUAUUCGCUGUACCAAGUAUGAAACCACUGCAGGUUUUUUUUAUGUGUACUUAAUUCACUUAGACAAAUGUUAUUAAAGGCGGAUUCUAUGAGGUGUCAAGGUGACCUUUCGGAUUGUUCAGUUAUAGUGGUUUGAGAAGUCGAGAAACGUAAAUGAAAGUGACAAAACUCUUUCCAUAUUCAUAAGAACACUCUGCCCAAAGCAGAGUUGACUGUGCGAUUCCGGAACCCGUCACAAACACAUGCAAAGGCAAGUCAAUACUUCACCUGAUCGGACAUUGUAUUCUCUGAUGCGUCAAAUUUGGAAAUGUCCCCUACAUGUCGACCAUAAAUUUUUUGCAAGCUUUACUGAGGCAAUAAGGCAACCACCUCCUUUAAAACCCCGUCUACCGGGUUGUCACGCUGACAUAUGUAUUAAACGUUGGUGACUAUCAUUUCCUGUAUGUAUUUGCGUCCCUCAGCUUCCUGAAUUAGCCUGUACAACAGCCCGAGGUGAAGACGAGGCACUAUAUCAUUUCCCGGGAAACACGUUUGUGUGAGGUGAAAUGGGGUUUAACGUCGCGUCCAAGAUUAUUGCACUUAUAUAGCGACGUGCAUGCACGUGUGUGUGUGUAUGUGUGGCUGCUUGUACUAUAUAGUCCGGACUGAU